GGAAUUAUAAAAUUCUUGUGCAAGUUGGUUUGUCGUAAGAUGUGUAGGAAUUUCAGGCUUUCAAGACGAUGCGACAGAAAAUGGUGGUUUUUCCCUCGAGGAAAGAGAAGUUUUAAGGGAAUGUUAUCAGAACGCAUUUAUUUCUCCCGGAAGAAAAACCAUUCAAAGAGCGAUCAGGAAAUUUGCAUUCCAAUGGCGAGGGAAGCAAUGCAACCAAUAUUUGUGACAGAAAUAACAAGGAAUUUUCCUCCAGAAAUUCUCAUGCCUUUUAUCUCCGCAAGACAAGAACUGGGCGAAAUAAAUCUUCUUGGGGAUCAUGAAAACAGCUGUGUCAGUAAUUCUCAACUUUCAAUGGAUUAUGAGGAGAAUAUAGCAGACAUUUUUGCGUGGGUUUACAAGAUGGAUAUCGAGGAGGAGGAAUUGCCAGAUAAUGUUUCUGAUUUAAUUAUGAGUUCGUGA